AUGGCUCACCGAUACUCCAGAUCGGAAAAAGCUAAAUGGCCCGUUGGCCCAAGCAAACAAGUAAGACGCUCCCUAGUGCAAAUCCCGGCGGAAGAUAACUCAGCUAUCAUCAAAGCCCACAGACUCUCACUUAUUGGCAAAGUCACCAACCCACACGUCCAGAAGACCAGAGCUGUCAUCGACUUCUUACCUCAAUUCUGGAAUUUGGAAGGACGGGUCACUGGCCGCGAUUUAGGCCGAGAUACCUUCCUGUUCCGGUUUAUCGAUGAAGAAGAUCUUGAAAUGGUGCUCCGAAAAGGACCAUAUCACUUCAAGCAAUGGAUGCUAAUCCUCCAGAAAUGGGAACCCAUUGUCUCCCAGGAGUUCCCCUCGGAAAUCACCUUCUGGAUUGAAGUAAUAGGAAUCCCGGUUCUCCAUGAAACUGAAAAGACUCUAAGUACCAUUGGAAAUGCCCUCGGCCACUACUUUGAGGCUGACGUCCCCCAAGCCCGGAUACGAGUUGGAAUCAACGGUCUACACCAUUUGGAAAUGAAUUUGGAAAUCACCCUCCCAUCCGGAGAUCUAAAAACAGUAGAUUUUGUCUACGAGAAACUGGAGAAACACUGCUUUGCCUGCUUCUCUUUGUCACAUGAAAAGAAGCACUGCCCUUUCUUUUCCGAACGCGAAGAAAGGACCACCAAGCCUUUUGGAACCAACCAACUGAAAACCCUUGAUCGGUUAGGGGAAGAUAAGCGGAGACAAGAUGACCGAAAACGCUCUCGAUCAUCCCUUGAGGAAGAUGAUAGAGGGGGCAGAGUUUCAACAAAAGAUCUCAGGGAGUGGAUCCGUAAUCACCCCUCCCCUCCAAGAAGACCACCUGCCUAUGAUCGGAAGACUCCUUUUAGAGAGUCGGGAACCUCCUCCCAGCGAAUCGACAACGAGAGAAGCCGCCUAGACGUAAGCUCAAAUGUGAAAGACUCGCUUCGUUACUCUGGAACCAACCCCAGAGGACCAAUCCAUUUGAGACUACAGAAUCCAAGAGAUGCCCUGAAAGAACUAUCCCCAAAAGACGUUAGGCAUCAAAUCCCUCGCCAAUCACGACAAAGGGAUGGUUCACCUGUCCAGGAGAAAACUAGAUCCUUUACCUCUCGGAUGCAGAGUCAUAGCAACACUCCUACUCCCCCACCAAGGCCAACAAGAGAAAGGAUCUCCCUUCCACCCACCCCCACCUCGAAGAACCGGACUCAGACAAUUGAGGAGAGAAUCUCGGCCCUUGAUCGCCUUGAGGAGCCACUGGACACGAGGCACACACAAGCCCGUAUCCAUAGCGAUAACUCCAUUAACCUACAAGAGGUGGAAGUACACUAUGUGGAGGCAAACACCCCGAUAGCUCCUCAGAACCAAGUACAGGGAACCUCACCAGCAUCUGUUUUCCAAAGGCUUGGAUCUAACUCUAAUGCGGGGAGAGAUCGCACCAUUUCACCCUUUGAGAGACUAAGUCAACCUCUACCGGCCUCGAAGAAUCUGGCGGAUGUGCCUAUCCUCUCCGCCUCUUCGUCCCAGUUUCCAACAUCUCGUGUCCCCGUGGCGGAUUUUCGGACACCGCGGCACCUUCUCCCUUAG